CUGACUCCCCCACCCACGCGCUCGGCACUUCCUCCUCGCCGUCGGCCCGGAGGUCAGGUGUCCAGGCUGCAGCUCCGGCAGACGUGGGCCGAGCGAGCAGCGGGGUGGUCAUGGAGCACCGCGGGCUGGGGCUGCUGGCGCUGCUGGCGGCGCUGGCCCCGUGCUGCUGCGCCGCGCCGGGCCCGACGCUGUGGCCUAUGCCGCUCUCGGUGAAGACGUCUCCGCGCCUGCUGGUCCUCUCCCGCGAGAACUUCUCCAUCUACCACGACCCCUCGUCCACCGCCGGCCCCUCCUGCUCCCUCCUGCAAGAAGCGUUCCGGCGAUACUAUGACUAUAUUUUUGAUUUCAACAAGUCACGGCUCAACCCUGCUAAACAUAAUAGUGCAGCGGAGUUAAAGCAACUUCUCGUCUCAGUUGUCCUUGAAUCGGAGUGUGAUCUUUACCCCAGUAUCACUUCAGAUGAGUCCUAUACUUUAGCUGUGGAAGGACCAGUGGCUUUUCUCAAGGCCAACAGAGUUUGGGGAGUAUUACGAGGUUUAGAGACCUUUAGCCAAUUAAUUUAUCAAGAUUCUUAUGGGACUUUCACCGUCAAUGAGUCCAACAUUAUUGAUUCUCCACGGUUUCCGCACAGAGGAAUUUUAAUUGAUACAGCUAGACACUUCCUGCCCAUUAAGACUAUUCUUAAAACUCUGGAUGCCAUGGCUUUUAAUAAGUUUAAUGUUCUCCACUGGCAUAUAGUUGAUGACCAGUCUUUCCCUUACCAGAGCGUUGCUUUUCCCGAGUUAAGCAACAAAGGAAGCUAUUCUUUGUCUCAUGUGUAUACACCAAAUGAUGUCCGUACAGUGAUAGAAUAUGCCCGAUUACGAGGGAUUCGAGUCAUACCAGAAUUUGAUAGUCCUGGACAUACACAGUCUUGGGGAAAAGGUCAGAAAAACCUCCUGACUCCGUGUUACAAUGGACCUAAGCAGUCUGGGACCUUUGGACCUAUAAACCCUAUUCUGAAUUCAACUUACUGCUUCCUGUCUCAGUUUUUCAAAGAAGUUAGUACAAUGUUUCCAGAUCAGUUUGUUCACUUGGGAGGAGAUGAAGUGGAAUUUACAUGUUGGGAGUCCAACCCAGAAGUCAUAGCUUUCAUGAAGAAGGCAGGCUUUGGCAGAGAUUUUCAAAGACUACAGUCUUUCUAUAUUCAAAAGCUUUUGGGUAUCGUUUCAACUCUAAACAAGGGAGCCAUAGUCUGGCAAGAGGUUUUUGAUGAUCACGCAAAGCUAAACCCAGGCACAGUUGUUCAAGUAUGGAAAAAUGAAAUGUAUCAUGUGACACAAGCUGCAGUCACGGCAGCUGGCUUCCCUGUGAUCCUUUCUGCUCCUUGGUACUUAGAUUGGAUUAGUUACGGACAAGAUUGGAGAAAUUACUAUAAAGUGGACCCUCUUGAUUUUGAUGGUUCUCAAGAACAGAAAAAACUUGUCAUUGGUGGAGAAGCUUGUCUAUGGGGAGAAUAUGUGGAUGCAACUAACCUCACUCCAAGAUUAUGGCCUCGGGCAAGUGCCGUUGGUGAGAGACUCUGGAGUCAACAGAACAUCAAAGAUAUAGAGGAUGCCUACGACAGACUAACCAUCCACCGCUGCAGAAUGACCAGACGGGGAAUAGCUGCAGAACCUCUUUUUACUGGAUACUGUAACUUUUGAGUACAAAAAAAGAGCCUAAACAAAGAAGAGGGCAAAGCCCACAGCAAUCUGUACUAUGAUCAACUGGAUUUUGAAAUCAUGGAAAUUAAGGUUUCGUAUUCUGUUUUUAAAUAAAAUGUAUCUUUUUAAAACCAAAAAA